CGCCCGCAUAUGGCGCGGUCAGACCCCCCCAAGGUUCAAUCCAGACAGAGGGAAACCCCUUCUAAUCAGCUACUGCCCCGGAGAUCAAGACGGUGGUCUAUCAAGGUUGAUGUAAUCAGCAACUGCCGAAAGAUCAAGACAGUGGGAUUUAUAUAACUCUGGUCUGCCGCAGUGAUGCCUCGAACAGCACCUAUCCUAAAGGCACCCACACGACUCGGUUAGCACAACACCAUCUUGCAGACAUGGCUCCUAGGAUCAUCGACCCUCCCAAGGACAGCUCCCGAACCAAAGUCAACACUCCUUUUCCUGUCUUCGCCCUGUCGGUAGCAGUGUCUUUCUGCUAUGCGAGGAAGUACGGGCACCCAACUUGUCAGACGGUCCCACUCUGGGUAGUGACAGGCAUAUUGAUCUACUGGGCAUUCUGGCGAUCUUGGAUCUUCCCCAGGUACUUCUCGGAGCUGCGCCAUAUUCCGACGGUCCGUGGCUUCCCACUAUGGGGCCAGUUCAUACCCAUCGUCACGGAGGAGUGCGGCGUGCCACAGCGCAAGUGGCACCGUAAGUACGGCGGCAUCAUUCGCUACUGCUUCCCCCUGGGUACCGAGCGGUUGUCAAUCGCCGAUAACCGGGGCAUCAAGCACGUCACGAGCAAGAACCCCUACAACUUCCCCAAGCCUCUGCGCGCAAAGCUGUGGAUGACGCGCAUUCUCGGCAACGGUGUGCUCCUCGCCGAAGGGCAUGAACACGCAUACCAGCGCAAGACGGUCAACCCCGGGUUCUCGAUCAGGGCCAUCCACUCGUUCGUGCCCAUUUUCUGGCAGAAGGGCCUUCGGAUGGUCGACCUUCAGGAGCGCGAGGUGAUUUGGAAUAACGCGUCUGAGCGGACGAUUGAGGUGCUCGAGUGGUUCAACCGCGCCACCCUUGACAUUAUUGGCAAGGCUGGUUUUGGUUACGACAUCGGCUCGCUCGAGGACGAAACGCUGCCCCUCCGCGAGGCUUACCGGCUGUGCUUCAACUUCGACUUUGAGUCGCGCUUGCUCCACGGCGUCCAAGCCUUCUUCCCGAAAACGCAGUAUCUCCCCUCUAAGAUGAACGAUGACAUCAAUAAGGCCCGCGCAAUCAUCAUCAACAAGGCGACAGAGAUCCUCACCGAGCGGAGGAGCCGCUCCGGAGUCGACCCCAACGCCAAGGACGUCCUGUCGCUCAUUACCCAAGAAGAUAUGGCCCUCCGUGAGAAGGGCGAGCCGGGUCUGUCGUUCGAGACGAUGCGCGACCAGAUCAUGACGUUCCUCGGGGCCGGCCACGACACGACGGCCACCGGAGCCACCUGGACCAUCCAUCUGCUGUCGAUUCACCCCGACAUCCAGGAGCGGGUGCGGAACGAGAUCCGGGAGUACAUGCCGUUCCUGUUCGACCGGUCGUGGACGUACGACCCGGACACGAUGGCGCUCCCCGACCCGGACCAGCUGCCGUACCUCGACAAGGUCUGCCGCGAGUCGCUGCGCUUCAUCCCGCCCAUCCCCAUGACGGUGCGCGAGUCGGUGGAGGACGACUGCAUCAGCGGCUACCACGUGCCCGCCAAGACCGUCACGUACAUGCUGUCCAACGCCAUCAACCGCAUGGAGUGGUUCUGGGGUGAAGACGCCGACGAGUUCGACCCGGACCGCUGGGACAACCUGCCCAAGUCGGCCGUGCCCAACGCGUUCAUGACCUUUUUGCAGGGUCCCCGUGGGUGCAUCGGCCGCAAGUUUGCCGAGGUCGAGAUGAAGGUCUUGCUCUGCUGCUUUUUGAGCCGGUGGGAGUUUGUGCGUGACGACAGCACGCCCGACCCGGAAGACUGGAAGAUGUGGCGCCUUGUGCUCCGGCCCAAGUAUGGUGUGACAGUCAAGUGCAAGCCUGUCUUGGAGACAUGGUAAAUCUCUUAUUUGUGGAUGUAAAGGAUUGGACAUAUAUGUGUCUUAAUGGGG